UUUUCUAUAUAUGUAAUUGUACGUCGCACCUCCUAUGACAAAAUGGGUAUGAUAGAAUACCUCAUGUGGCCAUCUCAAGUAAUGAUAUGCAAACAUUUAUGUAAAAUUCUGUUUUUUUUACCAUUGAUUACGUACUUUAGAAUGAUGUAUGUGAGGUUGACCCAAAAACGUGCCAAGACCUCCGUACCUCGCCGCAACCACCACCGGAAAUCCGACUUCCGCCGCCUGCUCACCUACACAAGCCAAGCAUAUCUACAAACCCCUCUCACCCCAACAUACCCUCGAAACCAUGGGUAACGAUGGAGGAUCGAUCCCCAAGCGCUCGGAGCUCGUAAAGGAAGCCGCCAAAGCGCCCACGGCCGCGCAAAUCAAAGAGGCGCAACAAGAAUCGCAAGAGCAUGCCUGGAAUCACUGCGCGCUUUCCUCCAAACCCCUCGCUACGCCCGUCGUUUCCGAUGGCGCUGGUCUGCUAUAUAACAAAGACUCGGUGAUUGAGUACCUGCUCGCGGAAGAAAAGAGCGCGGAGCAAGAGAAGGUUUUGGAUGGGCGCGUCAAAGGACUCAAGGACGUUGUGGAAAUUAAGUUCGAGGUGGAAGAUGCAGAGGCAGCGGCGGAUAAGAGGAAUGGGAGUGGGAGUAGUAGAGGGGAGAAGUGGGUGUGUCCUGUUACCCGUGAGGAGCUGGGUCCGAAUGCCAAAGCGGUAUAUCUUGUGCCAUGCGGUCACGCUUUCGCUGGUAAUGUCGUGAAAGAGGUCGACGAGCGGAUCUGCAUGAAGUGCAACGAAACAUAUGCCGAAAACGAUGUCAUACCCAUCAUCCCCACCUCACCAGCCGACAUCGCCCGCCUAACCCUCCGCCUCAAGACGCUCCGCGAAAAAGGCCUGACACACGCACUUAAGAAAGCACCAGGCAGCAAAAAGCGCAAGAAGGGUGCCGAGAAGGACGCAUCCACAAUAACCACCGAUGCAACUCCCGCUGUUGAUUCCAAAGCCCCGUCGAGCACAUCAGAGGACGACAAGAAGUCAGAGAGCAAACGAAAAGACAAACUGGCUGCUACAAAGAGCUCUUCAGGACCGGAUAGGAACGAUAGCAUCAAUAACUCCUCAACGGCGUUCCUUACGAAGAAGGUUCUUGAGGAGCAGGAAGCGCGGAACAAGCGACGGAAAAUGGAUCAGAAUGACAAUGUCAAGAGCCUGUUCACCAAGGGCGGGAUUGUGCCAUCCAACAAGAAUAGUGCGGAUUACAUGACAAGAGGGUUUAGUUUUGGGAAGAAGUGA